AUGAUGGCCCCAGGCUGUGUUCCCGAAGCAAAUUGUACCUUUUCUAUAGAUAUUGAGCCCACAUCCGUUGACGGCCACGAAGCAGAAGAUUCGGCAGCUUCGUCUCUGUCUGAGGGCAGAAUAAGAGGACAGUAUCUCACGCAACGGCGGCAUGAGGAAGUCAUUGGCUCCGGCAGUAACGCAGAGGGUGAUGCAGGGUUACUUUGUCCGCACUACAACCAGCAUCACAAGGGAAAACACUAUAAACAGUAUUUGCAGCAGAAGUCGGCAGAGGCUCAGGCAAUCAAGGAAACUACACGCCCACCGCUGUGGAGAGUUCCUAUUGUCAGGCAACCCCUCCCGGUUAGCGUAGAAGAAUUCAACCCAGCAGAACCUAAGUAUGCAAAGUUUGUCAAGGCCCUAUGGUCUCACGCUAAAGCUACAGUGGAAGAUAAAAGCAGAGCUCAAGAUUUCUCUGAGUCUCCAAUGGGGAGGGACCCGCUGCCUGAGCGGUGCACAGAGCUGGAUGAAACGGGGUGGAGACGGAAGGAACCCAUACAGCAUUCCUGGCAGGACCGGCCGGGAAGCGUAGGCAGGCCAUCGAGCCCUACAGUCCUUCGACAGGGGCCUUCGUGGCUUGUGGAUGCUGAAGGGUACGAGGGACCCUAUGGAUCAAAGGGGGACCUCAGGUCGAAGGGAAUGAGUUAUGAAAGUAGGUUUCAGCUGCCAACCCUUUCUUCACUGAUGAAGGCAAAACAUGCGGUGUUUGUCAAGGCGAAAGAUCCCAGGGCAGGCAGAUGUGUCUCGGAAAGGAAGAGGACUACUCGCCGGCGACAACGACGAACAGGGCGUUGUCUAUCUUCCCCACCUAGUCUUCAAACAGCCACUGUCUCAUUUGAAAUGGUGCCGUCGGAGCAGCCACAGCAGCCACCACCUGCUGCUGUAGCGCCAACCGUCCACUUUCCAUCUCCUCUUCCGCCGUCUCCAAAGGGAAGCCCCCAUGAAGAAAGUUCCCCCAAAAGUGACUCGUGUAGCAGCCCUAGAACUUCACUGGCGCCAUCGUCUGACGACGACAAGGGCAGAAGCAGCAGCCAAGAAACCACGCCGAGUAAGCAAGCUAGCCAAAGACCUACGGAGGGCGGGUGGACUUUACAGAUCACAGGGAAAGGAAAGUGCCGCUAUCCCGAAAACUACGUACGCUGGAAGAGGGACAAAAGGCGCAUGAAGGACCGACUAAAGAGGCUCAAGGCUGGACAGAUAUUUACAAGCGAGAGACCAGAAGGCACCUGCACAGCCUGCCAAAGUCCCAGCCUCUGGUGGGAUCCACAGCCUCUAGCUGAACACCUUCACAGCGUCCGCAGCUUCGGCUCAGCACCCGAAGAUGACACCUCAUCAGGCAGUGACCUUUCGCCUUCUUCUCGAAGUAGCAGCAGCACUACUAGCACGGACGGAGACAGCAGUCCGAGAAGCUGUAAUUCAUUCCAUGACAAGGGAGAUGACCCUGUUAUGCUAGAGUCUCCUCAAAACGUAACGUACUUCUCGUCUGCCCCCCCUACAGUGACCAAUACAGUCGUCGUACCACCCACCCAUGCAUACCCUUUAGGUGGAACUGGGGCACUUCUUCCUCUCAGGCAAUUUGUACAUUGCCCUUUGAGGCUCCCGUGCACUCCAGUUAUUGUGGGAUCUUCCAGACCGCUGCAGAGGCAUCCAAGGUCACAAAAGCCCCUCUGUCUUGCAGGCGCAUAUCGGAAUCUCCCAGGGGUGUGCUGCUCCCCUGAAACUCCCCCAAAAGACACUGAUGCUUGCGUGGCAGGGCCCCUGCUGGCAUCAUCGCCGCCGCAUUCACUGCCGUUUACACUUCCGCAGCAUCAUAUUUUGUUGACUCCUGAAGUGCAACAGGGGCAGAUUCUGCUUCCUCAGCAUAUGCAGCAAAUGCAACAGGAGACGUGUAUGGUGCAAGCGCCACAGAGGUAUGUGACUAUGCAGAUGCCAGGAACGGGGAUCUCACCUCAGAUUGUCACUGUAUGUUCACCUCAGCAAGGCCCAUUGGAGCCGCAUCAGCAGCCGCAGCGCCUUCAGUAUGAGGUGCAGCAGGAAAUGCAGCCGCAAAAGGAGCAGAAAACGCAUGAACAGCGGAAGAAAAAGUCAGUUUUAAAGGAACUUAAUAGCGCAAAUAUAGGUCCGCAGCCUCGCUCAGAGUGGAGUCGAAAUGGAGCUUCUAAUCGCUUCAAACAGCAAGCCGCAAGUGGCAAAACUCACAUGAGGCGUGGGAGUGCUCCACCAAGUGCAAGUCGUCAGACAGCAAGAAGCAGUACGGUCGGGCAUCACCAACUGCCAGCCCAUCCUACGCCUACGAUGCCUGGUCCACCCCUUACGAGCCAUGGGGGCUGUCACCUUAUCCAGCAUGGCCAACUGCAAGGAUUAGUCUCACAACCUCCGAUUGUGGCGCCGCAGCCUCUUGGUGGUCCUCAGCUGCUAUCGGCAACUCCUGGAGCUUUUUACAGUGGACCUCAGGUUGUUUCACGAAAUGCCUGCACACUUUAUGGAGCAUCGCAAAUGGCUCCAGGAAUAGGCCAACGCUUUCAAGGAGGUUCUACGCCGCUUCACAAUUCUCAGGUUUUGCCCUUAGCGCCCACCCAAGUGAUGUUGAGACCACCUCAGCAAGGACUUGGCGGAACUACUUGGGCUUUCCCGGGCACUGCGAAUCCCUUGCAAACAACGGAGAGGCUAGCAUCUCACUCGAAUUUGCUCGGAUACAACGCCCAACAUGCUGUUACCUGCACCCCUCCAAGGCAACCCAUUUUUGUGGGGGCGUUUCCUUCUGUCGCUCAGCAGCAAGCGCCAACUGUGGUGAAACAGUCAUUACUACAGCCGCUUUUAAUCCAGAAAGCACAUCAGGGCAUUCCUAUACCGCAACAGCAGUAUCACGGAUUUUCUAUGCCGCAACAGCAGCAGCUGCUCACAUUCCCUCAGCAGCCUGUCGUGGUGCAGCAAAAGCAACAGCCGAUUGUGAUCCAGCAGCAGCAACAAGGUCUCACUUUUCAGCAACAGCAGCCUCUAGUUAUGCAGCGGCAGCAGCCUGUUGUGAUACAGCAGCAGCAUUCUUCGCAGCCAACUGUCUGUCAUUUGGUGAAGCAGCAGCCAAGCCCCCCAAUCGUGAUUCCGCAGCAGCAGAGAACCGCGAUUAUAGCUCCGCAACCCUCCACUGUAGUAGUACAGCGGCCUCCAACUAUCGUACUGCAACAGCAGAAGCCUACUGAGCAGAAGCCUACUGAGUCAAAGCCCAAAGAGAAGCCAAAGGUCCCAUGGCUGUGGAACUGCAGCAUCAAUUGCGGAGCCAGGUGCGGAAGCAACAGCCCCUCAAGUAGCCGGGGUGAACAGCGGGAACAGCAGGCGCAGCAGCCGCGAAAAGAGCCUGAACAACCAGCCGAGCGAGUGCAGCCGAAAGAGAAACCGUUACGGCCUUCCGCUACAGGAUAUGAGACGAAGGCGCAUUGGGAGCAUCCAUGUGAUACUGCAGCAGCUCCUUCAACUGCUGGUGCUGAACGAGCAACCAAUGCAGUGGCACACGGAAAGCGACCCUCCCCGCAACGCUCCGCUAGCGAAGCUACUCAAAGAACAGUGCGGGAUUCCCGACAGACACAAAAGUAUCUCCGUCCUCCACAACAGGGAGACUUCCUGCCCGCGUCACCCAGGAAAUACCAGCAACCAGUUCCUCUCACGCAGACUAUGCCCCCCUUAGUCACCUCUACGCACGCAGCCGAUCUAGGAAGCCAGCAGGUCUGGAUGUCACCUGCACCAGUAGUGUGCAUGCAGAACCAGCAGCUUCAACAGCAAGCACAGAAGCAGGCACUAGGUGUACUGAACCAGGAGCAGAGCGAGUCACAGUGCUCUGAGCGUGAUGCGUGGGAAAGCCCUGACCGGAUGGAGCCUACCUUCAAGUAUUUGCCAUUCACAUUCAGGUCGCCAAAGCGAAACAUUAUCUGUGGGACAGGAAAGGCAGAACACUCUAGAGAAGUGCCUGCUUCUGCUACAGUGACGCAACAGCAGCAACGCUCUAGCUGCUGUGGCACACCUGGAGCGCAGCUAUCGGCAAGCCUUACAUGCAGCAUGUAG